GUGACCGACCACUUCCCACUCUUUGACCUGUCUUUGAUCAUUUCAUGUUCUUCCUCUUCUUCUUUGUAUAAAAACUAACUUGUUAGCCAUUUUUAUGAGCUCAUUCAUUCAACUUCAUCUAAUUAACAAAUAAAAUUCCCUUCAUAGCAAUAAAAAUGUCGAAAGCGGGUUUCGAACACGAAAUCACUGAACUAAGGCUAGGCCUUCCUGGUGGAAAUAUAAGGGUUGUAUGUGAUGAUCAAGUGGAGAUCAAAAAUGAAAAAAAGAGGGUGUUUUCCGAUAUAGUUGGCGGCCACACCGAGAAAGUAUCGGUGGCGAACAACAAAAGCGCCGCGGUCGGGUGGCCGCCAGUGUGCUCAUAUAGGAGGAGGAGCAUUGGUAAUGAGAAGGAAUGUAUUGAGGCAUCAAAGAGGUUGGUUAAGAUUAGCAUGGAUGGUGUGCCUUUCCUUAGGAAGAUUGAUGUCAAUUGUUACCAACAAUAUUCUGACCUUACUAGUGCUGUUGAAAACCUCUUUAGCUGCUCUGGCAUUAGCGAGGCAUUGAAAGAUGCGGACAAUUGUGAGUACGUUCCCAUUUAUGAAGACAAAGAUGGAGACUGGUUGCUCGUUGGAGAUGUCCCGUGGAAUAUGUUUGUUGAUUCAUGCAAAAGGCUGAGGAUUAUGAAAAGAGCAGAUGCCAAGGGCUUUGGUUUGCAGUCAAAGAAGCAAUGCCAUGGGUGAAGAUCGAUCUUUUAAGUUAAGAAACAAGCUCAAUUAAGAGAUACAUACAAUAGUAUAGCCUUAUGUAGAGAAACUUAAGUUUAUUCCUUUUGCUUUAAGUUGCUACUAUCUCCUGUAUUAAUUAUUUGGCUAGAAAUAUUCUAGCUUAUUUGCGUUUAAUUAAGAUCAAUGUGACACUUAUACAA